AUGUCUAAAAGAAACAUAACAGUUCCUCCAUUAUAUGUUCAAAGAUAUGAUUUUUUUAAAAAAUUUGCAAUUUGUUGCUUUAUUGUCUUUAUUGCCUUUAACGGACUUGGAUAUCUUUUUUACAAAGAUGACUUACAAAAUAAUCCAACUGGAUUACUUGAUGAACAAUCACCUGGAAUGUUUAAUCUUUUAGCUGUUAAUUAUAAUUGA